GAGAUCUACGAAUUAAUUCAGAAACCUCCAAAAUCAAACUUGAUCGGCGGUGAGAAAUACGGAGACACAAUCGAUCGAUUCAAUGGAUUCUCCAUUUUCGCCGGCGAUUCUCCUCUUCAUCUUCCUUUUAGUUUCUUCUUCUCCAAAUCCAUCCGUAGGGUUCGACGCGAUCUCUACGGAACAAAGAGAAGAAGGCAUCGUAUUAGUAGGACGGAGACAUCUGAUGAGCUUUAAAGAGACGCCUAUUGGUACAAAUAUCACUUACGAUUGUUCUCCGUCUGGUCCUUGUGUUCCUUGUACUUAUUCCGAAAAGAAUGAUGAAAAGUAUAGGUGCAGUGAAACUGGAUAUCGUAUCCCAUUCAAAUGUGUAGAGAUCAAAGCGAGUUCAAAGGAAGUGAACAGCAAUAAAGGAAAGAAGAAUCGAUCUGCUCUGGAAGACACUUAUGCUGCAGUAAGGCCACAUGUGAUGAAGCAUAAUGGACAAUCUCUUGCCUCCUCGGUAAGAGAAAGAAAUUUGCUCGAUGAUUCAUCCACGUCGAAGAGUGGAUCGCAUACAUAUGUGACUUAUAGGAGCUGUGUUCUUUCCGUUAAUGAAGAGAAGCUGUCAGUACUUGGCUUUGAGGUGCUUAUGCUGGGCUUGCUGAUUGUCAGUGGUUCAACAAUAUACUUCAGGAAAAGGCGAGCAGCUGCUGCACCUGGUGCUGGACCAGUUAGACUUCCAACUAAUUCUCGAUUUUGACUAAAAAUCUGUAAAUUCGUAGCUUAGGGAUUCCUUUUUUUUUGUCGUAUCUUUUUUUUAUUGUUUGGUCGGAGGUUGCACCUAAUUGAUUUGCUGUUAAACAUGUUUGAAUCGGUGUAAAAUGUUGUAAUUCAUUCUACCAUUUUAUAGUUGGAAGAAAAUAGAGAUUUCAUAGUUCCUCUA